GGCCCAUCCAACGACCAAAACGCGCAAGGGCGAGAGCCCUACCAGAACCACCAUCGCGAUACAUUGAUUCCCCCACGCAUUGGAGCCGAUAGCUGGGCGAGUCCAGCAUCUGCGCGAAGAUGUUGGAAGACAAAUACAUAGGCUUGGUCCUCGCCAUCACUGGCACAGUGGCAAUAGGAACGAGUUUUGUCAUCACAAAGAAAGGUCUUAUGGACGCGGGGGAAAGACAGGGCUUCGAAGGAGAUGGAUUUUCAUAUCUUAAGAAUCCAAUUUGGUGGGGCGGAAUCAUAGCAUUAAUCAUCGGAGAGAUCGCGAACUUUGCCGCAUACGCGUUUGCACCUGCGAUUCUGGUAACCCCCCUUGGGGCGUUAAGCGUCUUGAUAGGCGCCGUGUUAGGGGCAUAUUUUCUGAAGGAAGAGCUGGGUAUACUGGGGAAGCUGGGGUGCGCUAUAUGCCUGAUAGGCUCAGUCAUCAUCGUCCUUCAUGCCCCUCCGGACAAGGAGAUCUCGACGAUCGACGAGAUCUUGCACUACGCUAUCCAACCUGGGUUUUUAAUCUUCUGCGGGUCCGUUGCCAUCUUCGCGGUCGUCAUGAUCUACCGGGUCGCGCCCAUAUACGGGAAGAAGAACCCUUUGGUCUUCCUGUCGAUUUGCUCGACUGUUGGAUCCGUGUCUGUGAUGUCAGUCAAGGCGAUUGGUAUUGCGAUGAAGUUGACUUUCGCUGGCAACAAUCAGUUCACGCACCCUUCAACCUAUGUCUUCAUCAUCUUGACAAGCGUCUGCAUCCUGACACAAAUGAAUUAUUUCAACAAGGCCCUGAGCCAGUUUCCUACUUCAAUAGUCAAUCCUUUAUACUACGUUACGUUCACAACAGCCACUCUGUGUGCUUCGUUCAUUCUCUAUGGCGGUUUCAAUACCGUAGACGCGGUCAACACUAUUUCCCUCCUCUGUGGUUUCCUAACGAUCUUUACGGGCGUCUAUCUCCUGAACAUCUCCCGUGGGGAUCCAGAUGGACGCCGGAUGAUCAACAGCCAGACGCAAGAUGGAAUUGCCACCGAUAUAAUAUCCGGAAUCCAAACGAGAAGGAGUAUGCAAUCCCGCCGGAGUCUCGACCCUCACAGAAUGAGCGUUGGUAGCAGCGGGUAUGGAAGGAGGUCUGCUGGAGACCGAGAAGGUCUCAUCCGAGCCUACGAUGAAGAAGAGAACAUGGGGUUCGGCCUCACCGACCUGGCGAACGACUCUGACGACGACGACGAUAUGACGUCCUCGGGCGCGAACGGGAAGACGAACGGCAUGUCAAACGGCAACGAGAAUGGGAGUGUCGACAAACGAAGCUUUAGCGAACCCGUCGAGCGGCCCAGGAGGUGACACGAGAUGGGAUCGAUCCAUCAUCUCUCAUCAUCAUCAUCACCCUCGACAUCAUUUUCCUAAAAUCAUUCAACAACAACAUCUAUACAUGAUGGGGGUUUUCACGGCUCGAAAUC